AAAAUUUUGAAUGAAAGAAUUAUUUUUUAUUUAAAAACUGAUAAUUAUGAUCAAUGUUAUUUUGAGUUUUGGUCAGUGAUUGCUGAUUUUGAUUAUAAUAUUGAUUUAACAGAUACAUUAAAUUAUUUCAAAAAAUUAUUUUGUGAAUUAAUCGAAGAACAUCGUAAAGAAAUUGAAGAAAGUCAUAAGUCAGCUUUAGAAUUAAUCAAUAAUUUAAUUGAACAACAUGAAAAUAAACAAAAAUAUUUUCAUUUAUUAAAUCGAUUAAAAAUGAUAAUUUAACGAUUUAAUAAAUCAAUUAAAUCGUUUUAAUAUUGAUUUAUUUUUCGAUGAUAAAAAUGAAGAAGAAGAUUUUUAUCGAACGUUAAAAACAAGUGAUGAAAAUAGUAUUCCCUUUCAACUUCUUUCAAGAUUCAUUCGAAAAGCCUCAAAUAAAUCUUAAGAAUUCGAUUCUAAUCGUUAAAAAUUACAAUAUUUUCUUAAGUGAAAUCAUUGAGAAUAUACUAAUAAAACUUAAGAUAUUUAAUAUUCAAAAAGUAAGAUUUUAUGGUACCAAUAUAUUUGUAAACGUAUCAUUGGAAAAUGAACAUUGGUCUGGAAUGAACUUGAUAAUCAAUUCGGAUGUAAUUAAUUUUGUUACGGAUGAACCAAAUACGAAAAUAAAAGUAGAUUUAACAGGAAAGAAAGGUGCCGAUGGCGCAAAUGGUAAAGGCGGAUCACAUGGAAAACGAUGUGUUGAAGAUAGAUUGGAUGGUGUACCUGGUGAAAAUGGUCAAGUUGGUGGUAAUAUUUAUUUUAUUGUUAAUAAAUAUUUCAAAGGACAAGAGAAUAUAGAAAAAUUGAUUACAUCGGGAGACGAGGGUAGUAAUGGUGGAAAUGGAGGACGUGGAGGUAAUGACCAUGAUGAAAAGAAUGGUGAUCCUGGUCCAAAAGAUCAUGGAUUAGGCUUUUUAUUUUCUGGUUAUGAUCUUAAAGAGGGUGAACCAGGUGUACCAGGUGGAGAUGGUGGAAAUCGAGGUGAUGCAAAUUUAGGCGGAUUUGGUGGACAUGCUGGUGAGGUUCAUAUAGAAGAUAAUAGUCCACUUGUUGACAAAAUCGAAUCAAUUGAUAAAUCGAAUAGAAGUGCAGAACAUGGAAAACCUGGUGAAGGUGGAAAAGGUGGUGUAGGAGGAUAUGAUGGUGUUGAUACUCUCUAUUAUAAACGUCAUAAGUUUGCUCCAAUAGAGACUUGUGAAGGAUAUAUUCUAACGCAGAUACUGAGAUUCGUCGAGAUAAAAAAAAACUCAUCUAUUCGAUCACAAUUAACUGUUGAUACAGAUGAAAAAGAAUGUCUACAAUUUCAAAGACAUACUUCAAUCAUCAAAAAAUUAACAGAAUCUUACGAAUUGAAAAAAGAACAUUUAAUGGAAAAGUUCAAAAUAAAGAUAAAAGAAAUAGAUCAUCAAAUUCGAUCAUUAAAACAAAAAGGAAAGGGUAUUCUAUUUAAAAUUGAUAUUGACAAUGCGACAAGAUCAUUUGAAACAAAUCAAAUUAAUUUAUUACAUUUGGAAAAUAAUCAAUCAACGAAGACUGACGAACGUUUAUUCGAUGUAGAUUUUUCGUUAUUAAGGAAAAAUCAUGAACGUUUUUACUUUAAUUCAACAAAUCAACAAUAUGAAUCAUUCAUAUUAAAAUCAUAUUUUGAUCAAUUAGACAAAUCGAAACAACGAAAAAAAGUAAUAGUACGAAUGAGAAAUAAACUUCAUCAAUUAAAUAUUUAUGUAUUGAUAAAUGAAAUUUGUUUCAAAUAUGGAAGCGAAGAAUUAAUUAAUUAUAAAAUGUCAAGAUUCGAUCAAAUUAUUCAUUAUAAUGAAAUCGAAGAUACGACGAAUUUUCAACUAUUUGACAUGAAUAAUUUUAUCAAUAAAAAUGAUUUUUCUAUUUCUGAUGAAAACCGAUAUAGAAAUUUAAUGAAAUUAUUUCUAGAAGAAAUAUUAACUAUUUUAAUUCAAUCAAAAAUAUCAAUUAAAUGA